CCCACACACUUUCGCAUUGUAAUUGGAGUCAUCGCCGGGGGGAUGGGGUUCAGUAUACUGCUCUUGUUUGCGAUCCUGAUGUAUCUGAAAUACCGUCGCUAUCGCCCCCGUGCCACCGGGGCCAUUGGAAAACCUCAGCAUAUCCUCAAGCUAGCGAAAUUGGAAGAUUCCGAGAGGCCUUCCUUCGAACAUCAGGAGAUUAGUUACGGCCAUUCGAAAUACAAGUCCCACGCACUUCUCAGCGUUGGAAUCGACUGCGCUCCCUUAUUUCACCAAUCUGGCUCUCCGAAUUCAGGGUCGCCGGACAGCGCAGUGCGCAAAUGGGCAAUCGACGCCUUCCCGAGCAGAAGGAGGGACUCCCGACCAAAGUCUUUGUCCACUAUCAUCACCGGACGAGAAUAUAAUUCUCGCUACAUCCACAGACGGGAAAGAUCCUUCACGGAACCCGCGAUGGAGCGCAGCGGUGCUUUGCCAUCCCUGCUGAUUUCUCCUGACGCGUGUCCACGAGCAUAUACACCGAGCAUGUCCGCCGCGUCACCGGGGACUACAUCCUGCGCGACCACGCCUACCCAUACGGAUGUGAUCAGCCAAUUGGAACAGUUGCAGAGGGAGGUCGAUAUGCUGCGAAGGGAGCAGAGAAACUUGGCACAGGGCUUACGGGAUGAUCCCCCGCCGAGUUACGUAGAGGGAGCAAGUUCACGUACGAAGGAUGAUAGGUAGUCGCAGAACCUUGGAAGUUUCUGAGUAUCUGAGGAGGUGGAGCUGCGCUUCACCCAUAUGUAUUGUGUAUUUUGUGUCGCUUUUGUAGCAUUCGGUCUUCACCCUGUAUUUAUAGCACGAACGAAGGGCGGCUCGCCUCUGUCCUGA